AGCAUUCUAUUCACUUUCCAAGGUUGUAAGGAUGUAGCAAUCUUUUCAUUGUACUCUAUUUGAUACCUCUUAUAUUGUUUUCUCAACUGAAUAGGGAAUUUCUGUGGGUAAGAAAAAUCUGAUUACAGACAAUUUUGGGACAUACUAACAAUAUUUUGAAGUAGAGUCAUUUCGUGCUUUCAACUGCUUAGAUCAAAGGAUGGGAAUUGACUUUAUUUACUACUAAAUUUCUAGAAUGCAGGAACUUCAUGGACAAAUUGAUCCAUUUUGUUGUUGUUUCAUUGUUGGGCCUGAUAUAUAAUGUACUGACAUGUUAUAUAUGUCAUAAUCCUCUGAAGUACAUAAUAUGCAAUUAUGCAUAUAUAGUGUUUGACACCAUUAUUUGAUACUAAUGGAUAAAGUUCUCUCUGGACUGUUGGGUAACUCGCAAGAUAGUAAUGUUGUAGUUAAGCCCAACUCUGCCUCCACGUCUAUGUUGCUAAUAGGGUUGCAACUUGGGUUGGGCAACCCGAUUUUAACCCGAGCCCAACUCGAAAAAAUUAGGGCUUGGGCAAGAGUUUUUAAUACUUGGGUUGGGUUGGGUCAGGUCAAAAAAUCCCAACCUGAAUUCAAUUUGGGUUGGGCUUGGGUUAAGGCCUCAUGAACCUGAGUUUACCCAAACCCGACAAAUUAAAAAAAAAAAUUAUAUCUAUAUAUAUAUAUAUAAAGCAUUAGCACUGGUUUUUCAUUUUUGUUCUAUUGUUCUCUGUCUUUCAUGUUCUCUUUGGCUCUCUCAUUAAAAACUUGGCUGAAGUUAUUGGUUGUUCAUUUAGGUGAAUAUUAUGUAAUAUAUGUAUUAGGUUUAAAACAACAAGUCUAUUUUGGACUCUACCCGAAUUUAACCCGUAAAGUAACCUGAAUUCAACUCGAGCCUGCCCGAAUUAAACUCGGGCAGUGCUUGGGUUGACUUCCCCAACCUGAGGUAGGGUUAGAGUUAGGAUUGGGGUUGAAGAUUAUAUACCUAGGGUUGAUUGUUCAACCCGCCCAACCCAUCUGAGUUGCACUCCUAGCUGCUAAUACCACUGAAGUGAUGCAUGGGGAUGCUAUGCAUGAUAGAGUUCUGAUAUGUCGCCAAACCUAUAAUCUGAAGGGCAACUUUUGCACCGAAGUAUAAUCAGAAGACGACACUACAAAGUUCAUACACAAUAAAAACAUUGUGGCAUUUGGUGAAUUUAUUUUUCUUUAGAAGAUGAACUCUGAAUGUACGCAGAUUUCAGGCCAGUUUAUUUUCUUCUUUCUAUUACACCAGUUAGUUGCCAAGUAUGGUGGAUUCUAUCUUGUGUUUGUAGAUUUUAUAGCAGGGGAUUGCUGUAACAGGUAAUAACAAAGUCUAUGUUUUCUGUCUUCUCAGGUCUUUGGUGAAUCAAGGAUCGUUGAAUAUAGCGUCAAAGAAAAUAUGAUUUCACAUGGAAAAAAAGAGAUACUUAUUGACAACAAGCAAUACUACAAAUUCUUGGGAAAAGAAAUAAAUAUGAUAUCACUCAUCAGACUUUAUGUAGAGGAAGGGAAAGUCGUUCGCCAUGAAGAUUGGUGGGACAAGAAGCCGCUUUUGAAUAGACAGACUGUCAAGCUACCACUCGUUGGCCGAAUUGUAGAGAUUUCUCGUAGGGGUUCAAUGUUGGCAACUCAUGCGAUGAUGAGGUUUGGAAAGGAUCCAACUCUGUAAAAUCACUUCAAGGAACGAAUAUUUAUUAGUGUUCUGCUCCAUAAUUUUGUAUAUGCAUGUGGAACUGCGUUUGUUGUAUUUCUUGAGAUUGUAAUUAAGUGAGCCAAGAUUGGCUUAUUAGUCGGUCCUGGGAAACUUUGUUUUUGAAUGGGGCAUGCCAGAAGUAACAGUGACUUAGACUGUUGUGAAAUAUUGUUGAAGCAUGAAAGAAUUAUACACCUUGAACAAAUUCAAAUUUUCCAAUUAUUUUGG